UAUUGUGUUGACAUUCACUGCGGUACAGUCAGUCACACAUUUGAAGGGGAACCUGGUACUUCCUCCCUCAUUCAGGAUGAUAACACAAACCUGCCACUCUUACCUGAUGAGAAGACAGUGGCAAUCAGGAGUUCAGUUGACCAUCGUACCAAGAUGCUGCGUUGGUCUCUUAUAUUACUCUUCUUGUCUGCAACAGCAGAGCGAUUGGCGAAGUUGGAGGUGUCGGCCACUCCCUCCCACCUCGUUGUCAUGGAGGGUCAACCCGUGGUGCUGAAUUGUCAUGCCCCCACCUCUUCACUCGCUGUCAACUGGUCCUGGCACAUGACACCUCUGAACAGAUUGGAAAUUAACGUGAUGUACCACGGGAGGGAUGUGGUCAUCUCCAGGCCAGAGGACAGCGGUUACUACCACUGCAUGGCUCAGAGCCUAGAGAUGGGGAUCAAUCAAACGGUUAACAGCUCAUCAUUCCUGAUUCAGGUUUUGGCCGUGCCAAAGACGGGACUGGCUCUUGUGGAUCAUUUGGGUCUGGCAGGCUUUGGUCUGUCUCUCCUGGGUUGGCUCAUCCUGCUUGCUGCUGUGCUGUUUGCCAGGGGGGGUUAUGCCACCCGUUGCACGCUUCUGGAGGAAGUGAUAUCCUCAAGUGCCAAGGCUAAAGGUUUGACUGGAUCUAAAAUGGCCACAAGUGAUGGCCUGCCACAUGUUGAAAGUCAAGGUGACUACAUGAACUACACCGGAACCAACCUAGCCUACGGAGACCUGAAGCCAAACUCCAUGACUGGUCAUAAUGUCUACUCCAACCUAUCCUAGACCUCCAUGACUGGGAAUGAUAUCUACUCGAGCCUAUCCUCGACCUCCAUGACUGGUCAUGAGGUCUACUCCAGUAUGUUCUUGACCUCCAUGACUGGUCAUGAUGUCUACUCCAGCAUUUUCUUGACCUUCAUGACUGGAAAUGACGUCUAAUCCAGACUACCCUAGACCUCCAUGACGUCGCAUUCAGCCUAUCCUAGACCUUCAUGAUUGAAAAUUACAUAUAACAGUAUGGCCUGACCUCCAUGACCAGUAUUUGACCUCUUUGGAGAGGGAAAUUAAGGUUGACGGGGAAUGGCAAAAUUACAUUUCCACUUUUAUCAACAGUUUUUGUAGUUUACAUGGAUUUUCCGAUGUUUGUUAUCUUAUUUUUACAUGAAAGUACAAAUUUUGUUUUUCGUGUUUGAGAAAUGUGAAGAUGUUUUUUGAAUAAAUAACAUAAAUGUA